AGUUGAGUAUAGUACAAUAGCUAAUUACUACUACACCGACAUUACGACGGAGUUCAACAGAGUAUUCGUUUUUUUCGGUCUCAUCACUCACAUACUACUUUCGUUAUCCUCACCUCGUCCGGGUCAAAUCAUCAUGACCCAUACUUCUUUUGCAGCAGCAGCUGUAGUGCUCUUGCUGUCGUCCUCUCCCUUUACCUCGAUCGUCUGCGCACUACAGCCCUCUGCUCCGGACCCUGUCGCUGCGCCAUUGCGCGACCUAGAAUUGGGGCAACUCAACUUUCUACAUACUACAGACACCCACGGCUGGCUGGCUGGACACUUACAAGAACCCUCUUAUGCGGCGGACUGGGGGGACUACAUCUCUUUUGCCGCCCGCAUGCGUGACAAAGCCGAAUCGGAUGGCUCAGAUCUGUUGGUCAUCGAUACAGGUGAUCGAGUCGAAGGUAAUGGUCUGUAUGAUUCUUCGGAGCCCAAGGGCGUCUACCUCUCCGACAUCUUGCGAGAACAACACAUAGACCUUCUGUCAUCGGGAAACCAUGAGCUGUACAAUCGGACGACGUCCCAAGCAGAGUUCUUCACCACUAUUCCCAACUUCCGUGGAAACUACCUAGCAUCGAAUAUCGAUAUUCUACACCCAGCAAUUAACGAAUUCGUUCCUUUGGCGCCUCGAUUUAAGAAAUUUACCACGCAAAACCAAGGGAUUCGCAUCAUUGCCUUCGGCUUUCUGUUCAAUUUUAAGAAGAAUGACAACAACACUAUUGUUCGGUCUGUAGAGCAGACUAUCAAAGAAGACUGGUUCCAAGAAGCCAUUAGAGACAAAGAUGUGGACCUCUUUCUUGUCCUUGGUCAUGUCCCUGUGCGCUCCGUUGAAUAUGAUGCUGUGUACCGGGAGAUCCGCGCUAUCCGGUGGGAUACACCUAUCCAGUUCUUUGGGGGGCAUUACCACAUUCGGGAUUAUGUGCGGUACGACUCCAAAGCCUACGGACUUGCGAGUGGCCGUUUCAUGGAAACUAUUGGCUUCAUGUCAAUCGAUGGGCUGUCCACCAGCAAACAUCACAUAAAGCCCGCCCUGGCAGCGCCUAAGUUUAGUCGGAAGUAUAUCGAUAACAAUUUGUUCUCAUUCUACCACCACACCGGCCUGGAUGAGGGCACAUUCCACACGGAGCAUGGCCGGAAUGUAUCCUUACUUAUCCAACAAUCCAGAAGCGCUCUCAAGUUGGACAAAAUUCACGGUUGUGCUCCAAGGGAUCUCUGGAUGUCACGCGUCAAGUACCCUCACGAGAACAAUAUAUACACAUGGCUAGAGGAAGAAGUGCUCUCAGUCUCUCUAAAAGAUGAGUCACGUACUGGCAAGCCGGCGCUUGCUAUUGUUAAUACGGGGGCUAUUCGCUUCGAUAUUUUCAGAGGCCCUUUCACCCAGGAUACAACAUAUAUUGUCUCCCCCUUUUCCAGUGGUUUCCGUUACGUCAAAGAUGUUCCUUACCACAAAGCGAAGUUCGUGGUCGAGGUACUCAACAAACAGCCUCAAAUAAUGACCGAGCAGCGUCAACAUGUGGGUCUACCGACCUGGCCACUCGCACCGCCUGAGCAAUCAGCACAUGCAGACGCUAACCGUGGCGAGAGUUUGCGCCCUGGAUGGUACGCUCCAGGCUCGCUUACCGACCAGGCUUUACUUUCAAUGAAGGACUAUGCCGGGCCUAACCUAAUUCCAGGGUAUACUACCACCGAUGAUGCUGGGACUGAUGGUGAUGAUACCGUCCAUUCUCCUCUCACAUUCUAUCGAGUACCAAACUGCAUUCAAUCCCUGGUAUCUCCGACCGCAUCUGACCAGCCUGAAACGGUGGAUUUGGUUUACAUCGAUUUUAUUGAGCCCUAUGUAGCUCUAGCGGCCAAGUUCGCAAGCCUUGAUGUGGAUUUUACGCGAGACAGUGACGUCUACAUGCCAUCCACUAGUCUAACAAGCCUGAUUCUGAACUGGGUCAAGACGAACUGGGGCUGCGAAGACGGGUCUUUGUGAUCCGAACUGAAUUUCGUGACCGGACACAUUGACCGAUGCAGAAUAUGAUGCUUGACGGCCUCCGUUUCCUUGGGUGUUGGAGCUACGAAAUUGACAGACGGCAUGCGCCAUCGUAGAUCGCCAGAUCUCAUAGCUUCCUUGUUUUUCUGUACUGGAAAGCAAGAAAUCAAUUGUUCAGUAUCACUCGUAGC